AUGGACAACACCCAUCUCCCCAUCAACGAUACGAACGCGUGCAGAUUCCUAGAAGGCCUCGAAGUGCUCGAAUGCGUUAUUUGUUUGCAGCCAUAUGGAGUGGAUCGCCCGCCUAUAACGCUGCCCACCUGUCACCAUUUGUUCCAUUAUCACUGUAUCAAACAAUGGAUCUCGACGGCCAACACUACGCACAAUCAAUGCCCGACUUGUCGAGCUGUCAUGUUCGAAGACGAAGAUCCGCCGUUGGAAGACGCGGAUCGGAUAUCCUUGGAGUUUCGGCAUGGACGGUUGGAGGAAGAACUAGAGCGUUUGGAGCGUUUCGUUUUCGCUGCCCGAUUGGGCCGCCUUCAGAACUCGUCAUCUUUUGACGCUCAUGAUGCACUGAAUUCGGUCCGGACUCAAUCAACAGCGGACUCUGUUGUUGGAUCCCAUACACGCUUGCACCAGCAGCCGCAGGCAGGUAAUACACCCACCAACAACCCAGCUGGAGGAAACUUCGCUGCUCCUCCUUCCCGCUUCCAAUCAACUCGUCAUGGAGAUUCGAGAUCCCUCAUUCGUACGCCCAGUCGUCGUAUACCACUUCCCCCUGCUGUGGCAACAAUCGUGGCGAGAGGUCCACCUGUCAAUCGACCAGCCACUCUUGAUAUGCGCCGUGUCAACCAUGGACCGCAGACAUCCUUGCCGGUUGCCCGUGUCACUAAUUUUGGACAUGAAUAUUCCUCCAUAGCUCUGUCAUGGGUGUCCCCAGCCGUAUCGAAUGAAGCCACGCUUGGACGAUUCGAGUACCUCGAGCUACCCGAUGACUCAUUCCUAUGGUCACAGCUCACCGUGCCCCACGACGUGGACCAUCAUCGUCCACCCUGGAACAACGUCAGGGGCCGGUGGCCGUACCAGUAUAUGGCUCACCUGCGCCCGUAUCCCAACGAUCCGAAUGAUCCGGGUCUUUACUCUUUAGCGCAGGCUGUUGUGAACGAGAGGUGGCGGUGGAUGCGGACUCGUGGGACACCUGAUCCUGAUCGUCUGGUUGAGGAGUACAGCGUUGAGGGGUUGAGGCGAGAUUUGGGUUGUUGA